AUGCCUUCUGACAUCCGGAGCUUUUUCGGCGGCAAGCCCAGCCAAAGCGAUGAUGUGAAGCCUGCAAAGAAAGAAGACCCCUCUGCUGCGAGGAAGAAGCGCGGCAGGAAGGUUGUGGAGGACAGUGACGAAGAUGAGGAGGUCGCGCCUGCAAAGGCGCCUACUCCUAAAGCGAAGCCCAAGACCCAGUCAAAAGAGGAAGCCAAGGGCGAACCCACGACGACAUCGGACUACUUUGCAUCCAGCAAGAAGCGAGGUGCCAAAGCUGAACCCGCAAAGAGCAAGAACGCAGAUGAUGCUCCCGCAAAGUCAGCUCGAAGCGCCCCCCGAGCAUCCAAGAAAGCUACAGCCAUCGUUGAAGACGAAGGCCUCGGUGGAGAUGACAUCUUCGCGACCGAAUAUGGGAAGCGUGGCAAGGGGGAAGACGACUAUGUGGCAGUGGACAGCGAUGACGACGACGAUGACUUCGAGAUGCUUGAGGUUAAACCUGCUACUGCAGCAUCCAAAAAGUCCCAGAAGAAGCGAACAGCCCUCGAUGAUGAUGAUGAAGAAGACGAUGUGAUCAUGGAGGACCUACCUAAGCCUGCUCCCAAAACCACACGUCCUGGUCGCAAGCGCAAGUCAGAAGCUCUAAUUGACAAAGAUGAAGACGGAGAUUUCCAAGAGAACGCCAAGAAGCCCGCUCGACCUAAAGCAUCCCCAGCCGCCAAAAGGCAGAAGGCCUCGCCAAAGAAGAAGAAGGAACCUGCACCCGAAAACAAGGAGGUUCAGGAUAUCUUCGACAGCAUUCCCUUGGUUAGACCGCCAUCACCUCUAGCCCCCAGCGGGGAGAACAAGAAGUUUCCGUUCGGAGGUGCACGAUCUCGUACUCCUCCAGUUUCGGGAACCAAGGACAUUCCUCAAGGCGCAGAGAACUGUCUGGCAGGCCUGACGUUUGUCUUCACUGGCGUGCUUGAGACACUGGGCCGUGAGGAGGGCCAGGAGCUUGUCAAACGAUAUGGUGGCAAGUGCACUGGUGCCCCCAGCUCUAAGACGAACUAUGUUGUCCUUGGCAGUGAUGCUGGCCCAAAAAAACUUGAAACCAUUGCAAAGAACAACCUGAAGACAAUUAAUGAGGAUGGCCUUUUCGAGUUGAUUCGACGCAUGCCUGCCAAUGGUGGCUCAGGACAAGCGGCAGAAAAAUACCAGGAAAAGAUGAAGGCUGAAGAGGAGAAGGUCCGCAAGAUGGCAGCAGAAAUCGAUGCCGAGGAGAAGAGAAAAGCAGAGGAAAAGCAGAAACAGGCUGCUCGGGUGAACAAAGCCUCUGCUAACGAUUCUACUCCGCCUGCUUCCCAAAGUUCUCAAGCCGCGCCUGUCGAUGAUCAGCUCUGGACUACCAAAUACGCACCGACCUCCUACUCCAUGAUUUGUGGCAACAAGUCCAACGUGGAGAAGCUUCAAACAUGGCUGCGCAAUUGGGAUAGAAAUUCCAAACUCAAGUUUAAGGUCGGUGGCAAAGAUGGAUCAGGACAGUACCGCGCGGUCAUGAUCCACGGUCCUCCGGGCAUAGGCAAGACUACGGCCGCGCACUUGGUGGCUAAAAUGGAAGGAUACGAUGUUGUGGAGACCAACGCCAGUGAUACGCGAAGCAAGAAGCUCGUUGAGAACAGCACACUCGGUGUUCUUGAUACGACAUCUUUGCAAGGAUACUUCGCCGGGGAUGGCAAGAAAGUCGACAGUAGCAAAAGGAAAUUGGUCCUGAUCAUGGAUGAGGUCGAUGGCAUGUCAGCCGGUGACCGCGGUGGAGUUGGAGCAGUUGCAGCCAUUGCCAAGAAGACCAAUAUCCCACUGAUCCUCAUUUGCAACGAGCGACGACUACCGAAGAUGAAGCCAUUUGACCACAUUACCUUCGAUAUUCCCUUCAGGCGCCCAACCGUCGAACAGAUUCGAGCUAGACUGACCACAAUCUGCUUCCGCGAGAAACUCAAGAUCCCGCCGCCUGUCUUGGAUAGCCUCAUUGAGGGCACACAUGCCGACAUCCGACAAGUCAUUAACAUGCUGUCUGCUGCCAAGCUAGGUCAGGGCAAUCUUGAUUACGACAAGGGCAAGCAGAUGUCCAAGGCGUGGGAGAAGCACAUUAUCCUGAAGCCUUGGGAUAUUGUCAGCAAGAUUCUCAGUGCACAGAUGUUCGCGCCAAGCUCCAAUUCGACCUUGAACGACAAGAUCGAGCUUUACUUCAACGAUCACGAAUUCAGCUACUUGAUGCUCCAAGAAAACUACCUGAGAACCAAGCCUACUCUGGCAUCAUCCAAGAGUGGCAGAGAGUUGAAACUGAAGCAGCUUGAGCUGGCAGACAAUGCGGCCGAGAGUAUCAGCGACGGCGACCUUGUCGACCGCAUGAUCCACGGUACGCAGCAGCAGUGGAGUCUCAUGCCCACGCACGCAGCCUUCAGCUUUGUGCGGCCAGCUAGUUUCCAAUAUGGAAACAUGGGCGAGAGGCCUCAAUUCACCAGCUGGCUCGGCCAAAACAGCAAAUUGUCCCGUUUCGUCAAGGAGAUCCAAGGCCACAUGCGCCUUCGUACUUCGGGCAGUCGUGAUGAAAUCCGCCAGCAGUACAUGCCUUAUGUCUGGGAUAAAUCAGUCCAACGCCUCAUGAACGAAGGCAAGGAGAGCGUGGAAGAUGUCAUCGAUUUCAUGGACUCCUAUUUCCUGACUCGUGAUGACUUUGACGCAGUUAUGGAGCUUGGGUUGGGACCCAUGGACCAGUCCAACGUCAAAAUCGACACGCAGACCAAGGCCACGUUCACGCGUGUCUAUAACCAGCGCUCACACCCGCUCCCAUUCAUGAAAGCCAGCCAAGUAGUGGCGCCGAAGGCAGCACCCAAGGAAAAGCCCGACAUUGAAGAUGCCAUUGAAGAAUCUGAUGAAGAGGAGGUUGUGGAGGAGGCCAAGGAAGAUGAUGAGGAGUUGGACUUGAAGAAGGACAAAUACGUCAGCCAGCCGAAGAAGAAGCCGGCUGGUAAGGGCAAGAAGACCAAAAAGGCGUCGGCUGAAGACGAUUUCGUCGACGACAGCGAGGAGAAGCCGAAGAAGGGCCGCAAGGGCAAGGCUAAGGCUAAGGCUUAG